AUGGAUGUGCAGUCGCGCAGCGAGUCUAUCAACAAGCAUGUUGCCUUCCGCAUGUGCGUCGCCACCGUCCUUCUCGCCAUCAGCGGCAUCUUUGUCGUGGUUGCGUGUGCUGUGCCGGCAUUCUCUGCCGGGACGCGAACCUGGAAAAUAUAUGAAGUGGACGGGAGCGAUUACGGUGGGUCGGUUGGCUAUGGCAUCUGGGGCGUCGGCGGAUAUCUGAACGAGGACGCCUGCAAUUUGGUCAACGCGUUCAUCACGCUUCGUGGUGGCGACAAAUGGUCCUGCUCGGAUGUGGUCUCCUACCACUGCGAGUACGUCUCGUCGCCAAGCAUCCAGGAAGGCUUUGACAACAUUCUCUGCGCCUACGCCCGCAGCAUCGCAUGGGAGGCGCGCUCCUGCGACGACGACGACGACUGCGCCGAAGGCGACACCUGCGGCGGUGACGACAAGUGCUCCGGCGGCGCGGUCGGCAACUCGGCCACGCUCAAGCCCUGGAUCGCGGGCGCGGAGGCGACGUCGGUUUUGACGGUUCUGCUUGUGUUCGUCGCCUUUGUGCUCGCCUGCUCCUGCUCCGGGCGGCCCAAGCCCUGCCUCACCGCCGCCCUCGUCGCCGCGGCGGCGGUGCUCUGCGCUGUGCCGUUUGCGCUGUGGGAGUUGAUCGCCUGCGUGGCGCUCGUGGACGUACGCCCUCCAGGUCUGCGGCUUCCUCGUCCUCCUGACCUCAUCGCCCUGUUCACGCUGCCUGGUGUUGAGAAGAUCUGUGAGAUUUGUUGUUAG